AUGUGCAAGAGAAGAUUUUUUGGCAGUCAACAGAUUUUUCUGUUUGAAGGAAGGAGAAAUAAGCGUAAGAAGCAAAAGAAGGAUGUAUAUGAUUCUAGACCUGCAGACACAACAGCAAGAGGCUUGAAAUCAACAACUACUUCACUUGAAGCUGUCCAAAACUUUGUAUCUAACAUUCAAAACGAAGAAAGACAGCAGGUGGUUACUUAUUUGGAAGGAUCUUAUGAUGAGGACGAGGACGAGGAUUAUGAAGAAGGAGAUGAUGAUGAUAAUGAUGGACAAGAUGAGGAUUUUGAUGAAGACGAGGAUCUUGAAGAAGACUUACUUGAUGAUGCGGGGAAUAACCAAGAGGAAAAAGAGAAAGUCAACUCAACAAAUAGCAGCCAGCACAACUUACCUCAUACUGCAACACAAUUUCAACCAAGCAAAAUAGAUUCUCCGACAACACCAUCCAACAGUGCACUUGCAUCUGAAACACCUAAGAAGCCACGUACUAAAAGCAACGGAAGUACCAAGAGAAAACGAGUCAUCGAGGACUCAGAGGACAGUCAAUCCUCUGAGUCAGAGCCAGAGAACAAUGUUCCUCCUUCACCAGCAUCUGGAAGAUUGAGACGGGGCGCGUUAAACCAAUUCAAUAACCGCUCGUUGAGCAAGCAGUUCAAAGAAGCAUGUAAUUACGGACGUAAAUCAGCAUCGUUUUGA